AUGGAAAGUAAAAAAUAUAAAAUUGAAGGGAGAGAUGAACUUUUAGAUAAAGAAGAGAUUUUAAAAUUAUUAGGAGAAGAAUCAGGAUCAUCAGCUCCAUAUUCAUUUGAAUUUAAUGAUUCUAAAAAUCAUUUAUACUUUUUAUCAAAUGUAAAAGAUCAAAAGAAUAUUAAAAAUAUUCAUUACAUUGAUAUGAAUAGUGAUUCAAAAGAAAUUAAACCAUUGUUUAAUUAUGUUGAUAAGGAUGUUGAACUAUCAAUUGAAGAUCAAUUACAAAGAGAAAGAAUGAGAACUGCUGCUAAUGGUAUCACUCAAUUUACUUUUGAUCAAAAGCAUCAAUUUAUAAUUGCACCAAUUAAUAAUAAAAUUAAUAAAAUUGAUAUUAAAGAAUCAAUUACAAAACCAAUUAUUAAAGAGAUUGUUGGUGAAACAUAUAAUCAUCAAAUUUCAGCAGAUGGAAAGAUUGUAUCAUUUUUAAAGGAUAAAGAUAUUUGGAUUACAGAUAUUUCAACAAAUGCAAUGUAUAGAAUUACAUUUUCAAAUGAUGAAAAACACCAUAAAUUUAGAUAUGCCGGUGAUAUUGGAUUCAUUUAUGCAGAGGAGUUUUCACGUUAUACUGGCUACUGGUGGUCACCAAUCGUAGGAACAUGUGUCAAAACUGGUAAACCAAUGUAUACAAUUUGUUAUUUGGAAGAGGACGAAACCAAUGUUAUGGACUACCACAUACCAACAUCCGACCUAAGAGGUAAAACCACCCAAUACAAGUACCCCUUAGCCGGUGAAAAGAAUUCAAUUUGUAAAGUCUGUUUAGUCUCAUUCGUGUUACCAACUAGAACUACUUUUCAAGAUAGUAAAAUCGAAAUUGUUAAAAGUGAAUUAUUCGACCUAAAAACUCAAUUCCCAUGGGCUGAAUACAUAACCAGAGCUGGUUGGACACCCAAUGGUCACUCAAUCUAUUUACAACUAUUAGAUAGAAAACAACAACAUUUAGCAUUAGUCAUGGUGCCAUUACAUGUCUUUGCUGAAGACUACUCCUCCUCCUCCUCCUCCUCGGUUAAAAGCAUUCCAAAACUACCAGUACUCAUUGAAGAAACUACCUCAGUUUGGAUUAAUAUUGAAUUUUCAUUUCAAUUUUUAAAAUCUAUUGAAAAUCAAUUAAUUUGGUCAAAUGAGCAAUCUGGUUAUCGUCAUCUUUAUUUAAUAAAAUGGGAUAAGAAUUUCACAAAUAUUCAAUCAACACCAAUCACUUUAUCAACUUGUAAUGAUAAUGAUAAUGAUAAUAAUAAUUGGAUGGUUUCAAGUGAUGAUAUUCAUAUUGAUGAAAAAAGAAAAUUAGUUUAUUUCACUGGUACAAAAGAUACUUGUUUAGAACAACAUUUAUAUGUUACAAGAUUUGAUAAACCAAAUUCUGAAAUUAAAAGAUUAUCACAUGCAAACUUUAGUCAUAGAUCAAUUUCAAUUUCAAGUAACUUUAAAAAAUUCAUAACAACUUAUUCAAAUAUUUCAACAAUUUCAAAAACUGAAGUAUUUGAUUUAAUUUAUAAUGAUGAUAAUAAUGACAAUAAUGAUAUUUAUCCAAUUGUUAAAUCAUCAUUUUUUAUUAAUGAUGAUGAUGAUGAUGAUGAUAAUGAUAAAAAGAAAAUUAAUAUUAAUAUUCCAAAAAUUUUUAAUUUUAAAAAUUCAAAAGGUGUUACAAUUUAUGGUCAAUAUACAUUACCAUCAGAUUAUUCAAAAGAUAAGAAAUAUCCAACUGUUGUAUAUGUUUAUGGUGGACCACAUGUUCAAAUAGUACGUAAUCAAUAUAACUAUAUUAAACAACAUUAUACAAAUUUUGGAUUCAUUCAAGUUAUGAUUGAUAAUGUUGGUAGUGCAAAUAGAGGUUUAGAAUUCGAGUCUCAUAUUCGUGAGAAAAUGGGUCAAGUUGAGAUUGGUGAUCAAGUUGAGGGUAUUAAUUAUUUAGUUGGUAAUGAUAUUGUGUCGAUUGAUGUUAAUAGAAUCGCAAUUUCAGGUUGGAGUUAUGGUGGCUACAAUUCAUUGAUGGCAAUUAGUCAAAGACCUGAUGUCUUUAAAAUUGCAGUUUGUGGCGCACCAGUUAGUGAUUGGCGUUUAUAUAAUACAGGUUACACUGAACGUUAUAUGAAUGUGCCUCAAGAUAAUAUUGAUGGCUAUAAAUUGGGUGAUACAACUCAUUAUUCAUUCCCAACUGAAGAAAAUCGUCUCUUAUUAAUUCAUGGUCUUCAAGAUGAAAAUGUCCAUUUCUCAAAUACAAUUUAUAUCAUUGAUCAUUUAACUAAAACUCAAAAACCAUAUAUCUUAAAAACUUUACCAAAUGAAAGACAUGGUGUUAGAAACACUGAUAAUAGAAUUUAUAUUGGUCUUUUUGUAAUUAAUCAUUUAUUAAAAAAUUUAUAA